UCUUUACUGUCUAGAUAACCAGAUAAAUUAUGUAGAUGUAGCUUUGUGAAGUCCAGACAUUUUAGUCUGAGAUAUCCGUGGCCCACGAGACUGCAAAUGGAUGUUUCAGGAGAUCCCUUGGGAAAAUGUUUCCACAGUCGGGGAAAUCCAUUGUCUUUGACAACUUUCCUGAUCCUUCAGACACCUGGGAGAUUAUUGAAACCAUCGGGAAAGGGACCUAUGGAAAAGUUUAUAAAGUCCUCAACAAGAAGAAUGGAAGCAAGGCAGCUGUCAAAAUAUUGGAUCCCAUCCAUGACAUCGAUGAGGAGAUUGAAGCCGAGUACAACAUCCUCAAGGCUCUUUCUGAUCACGCCAACGUAGUGAAGUUCUUUGUGUUCUACAAGAAGGAUGUCAAAAAUGGAGACCAGCUCUGGCUUGCUCUGGAGCUCUGCAAUGGCGGCUCCGUGACGGAUUUGGCCAAGGGCCUGCUGAAGCGAGGUGACCGGAUGGAGGAGCCAAUAAUUGCCUACAUCAUACACGAGGCCCUAAUGGGCCUGAAACACUUACACAUCAAUAAGACCAUCCACCGUGACGUCAAGGGCAACAACAUCCUCCUAACCACACAUGGAGGCGUCAAGCUGGUAGAUUUCGGUGUCUCUGCGCAGUUGACCAACACGCGUCUGCGGAGAAACACGUCAGUGGGGACUCCGUUCUGGAUGGCGCCUGAGGUCAUAGCGUGUGAGCAGCAGCUGGACUCCACAUACGAUGCCCGCUGUGAUGUCUGGUCUCUCGGCAUCACCGCCAUCGAGCUGGGCGACGGUGACCCGCCCCUUGCCGACCUCCAUCCAAUGAGAGCGCUUUUCAAAAUCCCCCGGAACCCGCCCCCAACCCUCCACCAGCCUGAGAUCUGGUCCGCUGAGUUUAACAACUUCAUCGGCAAGUGUCUGAUCAAAGACUUUGAGCUGCGCCCCAACGUGACCGACCUCCUGCAGCAUGCCUUCAUCAGGCAAGCCGUCGGACGGGAGAAGGUCAUCCAGAAACAGCUGAUGGAGCUCAUCGACCUAAACCAACAGAUGGGCAACAUCGAGAAGACCAGCCAACACGGAAAGCCAGACAAAGAUGCAGAGGGUAACGACAGGCAUGAGCGAAUCCACACCAAGAAAAACAGCUGCGCAAAGUGCAACAAUGAGGCGCACGGCUCCGUGGACGAUUUGGCCACUAUGGAGGUGCUGGAUGAGAAUUCUGUAACGGAGCAGCUGCAGGUACGGUAUGCUGCUGAGCAGAUCUAUACCUACGUGGGUGACAUCCUCAUCGCAGUCAAUCCCUUUCGUGACAUGGAUAUCUACACAUCAGAGCACACAAAGAUGUACAUAGGAGCCAAGCGCAGCGCAAACCCCCCGCACAUAUUUGCUGUGGCAGACAUCGCUUACCAAUCCAUGGUUUCAUACAACUCCGACCAGUGCAUAGUGAUUAGUGGAGAGAGUGGUGCUGGGAAGACGGAGAGUGCCCACCUGCUGGUGCAGCAGCUGACGGUGCUGGGCAAGGCCAAUAACCGCACGCUGCAGGAAAAGAUCCUUUUGGUAAAUAAUCUUGUGGAGGCCUUCGGCAACGCCUGCACCGUUAUCAACGACAACUCCAGCCGCUUCGGGAAGUACCUGGAGAUGAAGUUUACCUGUGGUGGAACGGUGGUGGGGGCUCAGAUCUCCGAGUAUCUACUGGAGAAAUCUCGCGUCAUUCAUCAGGCUUUUGGUGAGAGGAAUUUCCACAUUUUCUACUACAUCUAUGCUGGGCUGGCGGAGAGGAAGAAGCUUGCCCACUACAAGCUUUCUGAAAGCAAGACUCCCAAAUACCUUCACAGCGAGCACAUUAAAUUGGUACCUGACAUCAUGACCAGCGUCUUCUACAAGGAGCAGUUUGAGUCUGUGGAACAGUGCUUCAAAGUAAUCGGAUUCACCCUGGAGGAGCUAGGCAGCGUGUACAGCACCCUGGCAGCCAUCUUGAACGCAGGUGACAUUGAGUUUGCCUCUGUGGCCUCGGAGCACCAGACUGACAAGAGCAACAUCUCUAACACGGCUGUGCUGGAGAACACCUCCUCGCUGCUACGCAUCAGCGCAGACGAGCUGCAGGAGGCCCUGACGUCUCACUGCGUGGUGACGCGCGGUGAGACCAUCGUGCGGUCCAACACCCCGGAGAAGGCGGCCGAGGUGCGCGACGCCAUGGGCAAGGCACUGUACGGGCGUCUCUUCAGCUGGAUCGUCAACCGCAUCAACUCCCUGCUGAGGCCUGACAGUCAGCUGGGUGAGGAAGACAAAGGGCUGAACAUUGGGAUCCUGGACAUCUUUGGCUUUGAGAACUUUAAGAAGAACUCCUUCGAGCAGCUCUGCAUCAACAUUGCCAACGAGCAGAUCCAGUUCUACUUCAAUCAGCACAUAUUCGCCUGGGAGCAGGAUGAGUACCUGAACGAGGAUGUGGACGCACGGGUCAUCGAGUAUGAGGACAACCGGCCGCUGCUGGACCUGUUCCUGCAGAAGCCCAUGGGCAUGCUUUCCCUAUUGGACGAGGAGAGCCGCUUCCCCCAGGCCACGGACCAGACACUCGUGGAAAAGUUUGAAGGCAAUCUGAAGUCCAAGAACUUCUGGAGACCAAAGCGAGUAGACCUGGGGUUCGGCAUCCACCACUAUGCCGGCAAGGUGGUUUACAAUGCAGGUGGUUUCCUGGCCAAAAACAGAGAUGCUCUUCCUGCUGACAUCGUCUUGCUGCUGAGGUCAUCCGAAAAUGACCUUAUCCGCAGGUUGGUCACCCAUCCACUCACCAAAACAGGUAACCUGGCACACACCAAGGGCAAGACAAUGGGCACACUGCGCAGCCAGCGUACCCCUCAACGCACCAUCAACCUCGCCAAGAUGGGGAUGCUUUCUUUUUUCAGUUUCUCCGCCAGUGAGUGUGCCGUUACCCUUUCAGUCGGAACAUUCGCAUCAAAAGAAUCCUGCUGGCCCACAUCUGACGCUCGUCCUGAGGGGGAAGGUGGUGAUACUACUCGUCACCCCAGAGAGACAACCAACAUGAGGACGCAAACAGUGGCCUCGUACUUCAGAUACUCCUUAAUGGACCUGCUGUCCAAGAUGGUGGCUGGCCAGCCACACUUUGUGCGCUGCAUUAAGCCCAACAACGACCGCCAGGCCAGCAAGUUUGAUCGGGAGAAAGUUCUGAUCCAGCUGCGCUACACCGGAAUCCUGGAGACGGCCAAGAUCCGCCGGCAGGGCUACUCCCACCGGAUCGCCUUCGCCAACUUCAUCCAGAGGUACUACAUCCUGGCCUUCCGGGCCAACGAAGAGCCACCUCUCACUCCAGAGACUUGUGCCGCCAUUUUGGAGAAAGCCAAGUUGGAGAACUGGGUCUUGGGUAAAACAAAGGUGUUCUUGAAAUACUACCAUGUGGAGCAGCUGAACCUGAUGAUGCGUCUGACCACUGAACGCAUUGUGCUGGUACAGGCCUAUGUGCGGGGCUGGCUGGGCGCCAAACGCUACAAGAUGAUCCUGGAAAAGAGGAAUCAGAGUGCCAUGGUCCUGCAGUCAGCCUACAGAGGACAAAAAGUACGGAAACAGGUUUCAGACGACAAAAGCAAAGCCAAGUUUGAGGCCUGCAUCAUUCGGUUUCAAGCAAUCUGCAGAGGGUAUCUUGCCAGAAAAAUGUGUAAGGCAUUACUGGAUGAGAAGAAUAAAGCUGCUGCCAAAAUCCAAGCUCACUACAGGGGCCACAGAGAGAGGAAGAGUUUCAAAAAGAGGAAAGAGGCCAUGGAGCAGGAAAGGGCCAGUGAGGACGAGGAGAUCACACCGACCCAAACUCCUGUCCCCAUGGAAGAGGACCUUAUCCUGGCAGAGGAAGCUGUGAUGGCUACAGAAUCGGGCCCGGCUUGUGGGUCUGGAGGGGCCGACGGUGGAACAACUGAAGAGGAGGAUGAAACUAAGGCUGCCGUCUGUCUCCAGAGCAACUUUAGGGGCCACAAAGAGAGGAAGAAGUACAAGGAGCGCAGGAAGACCUUGGCUGGGCAAGAGUUGGCCAUGAACCCUGAACCCUGCUCCACAGACGAUUAUGAACCAGAGCUUGUUGCCAUGCAAGAGGAAGAGGAACAGAUCGAGCAAGCUGAACCCGAAGGGGAGAACCAGGAAGGAGUUGAGGGAGAACCAGACCCGGAACAGGAAGCCAAGGCCGCCACGGUCCUCCAGAGUAACUUCAGAGGGCACAAGGAACGGCAGCGUCUGGAGAAAGAGGGGAAGAUUCCGAAGAAAGGGAAGGGUGUCCCCGAGGAGCAUGAAGAGCCUUUCCCUGAGCCUCCCCCAGUGGACGAAGCCACAGAGUUACAGGAGGCAUGUGAGGAGGUCAUUGUUGAGCAGGAGCAAGAUGCAGCCGAGGGCACAGGGGAGGAGGAUGAAGAGAGGGCCGCCACGGUUCUCCAGAGCAACUUCAGGGGCCACAAGGAGCGCAAGAAGCUGCAGGAAGAAGGUAAGAUACCCAAUAAAAAGGAGAAGACGACGUGUGAGCCGUCACCAGAGCCUUUAGCUGAGGAACCCCUGCCAGAUCCAACACAGCCUGCUUCUGAACCAAAAACUGAGUCAGAACUUGAGGUAGAACUAGAGACUGAAUGUGUGCGUGAAUCAGGGCAGGAGCCAGAUGUAGAACAGCCUUGUUCGAGCCAGCCAGACAUUGACGAAGAAAAGGCAGCCACUGUCCUCCAAAGCAAUUUCCGAGGACACAGAGAGAGGAAGAAGCUCAAGGAGAAGAGAGGAGAAACACAACAAGAAAAGGGAUGUGAAACGAACAUGGAGGAGGAGGAGGAGAAUACAGAAGAAUGUGAAGAGGUUGAGGGAGAGGUUCUGGAGAUCACUGAUAUCCAUGUAGAGCACCGCACAUGCGUGUCACAGCAGGAUGAGCUCCAUGAGGAAGAACAGGCUGCCGUAAAAAUCCAGAGCACCUUCAGGGGCCACAAGGACAGGAAGAAUCUAAAGGCUGCCACCGAGAGAGAGGCAGAGGAACUGGAGGACUUCUCCACACAGAUCUCCAAGGCCUCACAGGACUGCUAUACCGUGCAGCUGAAACUGAAUGAGAUCAUCCUCGCCCACCAGAUGGACCCCAGCAGUAAUGGCAUGUUCAUGAAGGGAAAAGCUGUGAAUGGCAUCGCUCAUCAACAGUCAGUCGACCCGAAGCAGACGCGCACUCCCCGGCGAACACAGAAACCAAAGACGCUCAACACGCCAGAAGAUUCUACAUACUACACCCUCAUCCAUAGAUCAGUCCAGGAUGAGAGGCGAAGGCCCAGGAAGCAAUGUGGAGGGAAGCUGCCAGACAUGGAUGACCAGUAUUACCAGGGCCUGUCUCCUUCCAAGUCCAUGGGCGCCUUGUCCAGCCAGUGCCAGCUGCCCCACGACACGCGCGCCUCCACGGACCGGAGCAGAUCGUCUGACAGGCCCCUCUCGGAGCCUGGGGCCCCCAUCGUGCCCAGAGACCAACGGCGAUCCCUUCCCAGAAUGCCCUCCACAGAGAGUGAGGCAGAAGACAACCCUUACGACUUCAGGAAGAUUCUGCGCAAGACCUCUCAAAGACGAAGACUAAUCAAGCAGUGCUGAGGUGGCACUGUGUGUGUGUGUGUGGGUGUGGGUGUGUGUGUGUUUGUGUGUGUGUGUGUGGGUGUUUGGGUAGGUGGGUGGAUGUGUGUGUGUUUGAGAGAGAGAGAGAGAGGGGGGGGGGGUAGACCUUUGGUAGGCCUUGGUCAACCACCCUCCUCUCAAAUUGUUUGUGAUACAUGUAUAUUUAAUUUUUUUAACUGUUUAUUUCUCAUCAUUUCCAUUGUAAAUGGCAUCUAUAGAGCAUCCCACAGAGUUCUCCUUCAUUCUCUAUGUACUUGUUUACAUGUAGACUGUGGAAUUCAUACUGUGGAAAUGUAAUGCAACAAAACAGCUUUUCUCUGGUAAGAUAGCUGAAAAUCUGUUAACUACUGAAGAGCACGUUGUACAAAUGGUUUGGAUCUUUUCGCUGAAUUAAUGAGGCUAAUGUAAUCUACCAUCUGUAUCGUCUAGCAACAAAACAACUGCCCGUAAGUAUACACAGAUCACUCUCUGAGUGACAAGACAUCAGAAAUGGCUCAAAAACUACAGGAUUAACUGGUCAUGGUCUCAGUGUAACUGGUGGGUUCAGGGAUGGACAUAGAAAGUAAUUGGUUUUCUGUCCAUUAUCACUACUUGACCAUCAACCUCUGAAUCACUGCCAUUGUACCAAGAAUAUGUGUAGGACCACAGUGCUACACAUGUCAACCCAGUCACAUCUACAUGUAACAUAUUUGGUGUUUAUCUGCUUCUGACAUACUCAUCAUGAAAAUAUUUUAUGGUUGAUUGAAAAAUGCUGAUCAGACCUUGUAACACAUUUGGGUGAGACAUGUAUUUACCAAUGAAGAUGUCACUGUAAAUAACGUAGAUUAUGAACAUAAACAGUACUGUGUCAAUGACGUUUUAAUGAUUGUUGAAUGCUGUACAUAUUGUUGUAACAACCACACCAGAGAGCUGUGUGUAAUAUGACGUGUGUGCUUAGAAACACAUUUUGUCUGCUUAACUAUUCUUACCAUAAGAAUAGAAUCUGGGCCACAACAUUCACAUUCCAUCAUGGUUUUUAGGUCUCUGGUGUUCAUUAUAUUUUACUUUAAAAAAUACAACGUUUCUAAUUUA